AUGAGCUCGUCAGAAGCAGCUCAACAGGACCCCCUCCUGCUGCUUCGGCAAUCAAUAGCAUCAGACAGUCCCUGCAUACCGUCGACAUCCGCAGACCCGGGCUCGGCUUCAUCAGUAGACUUAAGUCUAGCCAAAGCAACCCACCUCCACUUCACCGCACCAAUCCAAACUUCCCUCCCUCUCACAACGCCCACGCGCUUCACGUCCUCUGAUAAGCCCGUCGAUCUUCGCAGUAUCUACUUCGCCUGGCUAAAGCGGGAGACAGCAAUCCAUGAGUACAAUGGAUCGGCGCAAGCCUUGAGCGCGGAGCUAGCGGCGGAAGGAGGCGCGGGGGGAGAAGUACAGAAUCUCGCUUUUGUCGAGAGGUUGGAUCUGAUUACUUGGCUGGAGGGUGCUUCGGAAGAAAGUGAAUACAUCAAGCCACUAGCUUCUGAUACUUCGAGCGCCGCAGCUUCAGCGCAAGUCGCCUCUGGUGCUGCGGGUAGCAUUGCGCCGGUUACUAUCACAGCCGUUGGACGCCAUGGAAAGACUAUUGAUCCCAGGUUGGCGGAGAUAUAUAAUGGGGAGAGGAGGAUGGGUGAUCGGAAUAGUGUGUUGCGGGGGAUUAAGCCCACGGACUUCUCACAUGUGCGCAAACUGGCGGCGCCAUUCAAUGCGCGAAAAGCAGCUCAAGCUGCAGCAGCGAAUCAAGCCAACAAUCCAACUCUAGCACACAACCCCAAAGCGCCAGUUCGGCGGCCUGACCCCAUCAUCCUGCUUUCCCCAUCCGCCUCGUCUCUCCUCCGCAUGUCCAAUAUCAAGUCCUUCCUGGAAGGUGGAACUUACGUGCCCCCGGACUCGUCGAACUCUACGUCUACGUCCUCGGCGUCCAUCUUACAUAUCUCGCGCAUCCUCCCUUCUAUCGAUCCUACGCGGCCGAUGCGUUUCAUUAUCGUUGAUACGCCCGAGCAGUUUAAGCCAGAGUACUGGUCUAGAGUCGUAGGUGUAUUUACUACGGGCCAGGUAUGGCAGUUCAAGAGCUACAAGUGGCAGCAGCCCACCGAGCUAUUCAGGCAUACUUUGGGGAUUUACCUUGGGUGGAGAGGAGAUCAACCGCCUGAUUCUGUCAAAGGUUGGGGUCGAGGUGUGUUGUCCACGCAAGUAGAGAAAUGGAGCGCGGGAGCUGCGGCGGCCAGUCGAUGGCGGGAUCGCGAGGUCGUGGAGGGAAUCUGGAAGGCGAUUGAGGAUAAUAUGAGGACCAAGGGAUGGAGGAGAGAUUCCGGACCUAUGAAUGUAUGA